AUCAAUACCUUCACCAACAACAGCAAAGGUCAAACAAUUCUCAAAUCUCAAUAAAUCCCAUAACUCAACUCAAACCUCAACUCCGCCUUUCUCUCUCUCUUCAAUGGCGGCCAACAACACCAACAAGAAGACUAGUAAUCCGCCUCUUCUAACUGUGAUUUAGUCCCUUUGACAUUGUAGCCUACAAAAACUGCAGCUUUAUCGGUCUUCUUUUCAUUUAUUCAAACAAAAACAAUAACCCCCAUUAAACCUCUCUCUCGUCUCUUUAUAUAUUUUCUAUUGGCUUCGUGUUCCAUUUCCACUUUUUUAAGACCCAUUUUUUUUUCUCUCUCUCAAUCUUUCCCAUUCCAAAGAAAAGCUCUCUGAAAGGUAGCAACUUGACAUAAGAAUCAACUUCAAGAUCCAGUUUUUAACUUUGGGUUUUUGUUUUCUAGUUCAAAAGAUUUUUUUUUUUUUGAGUCAAAAUGGGUAGUAAAUGGAGAAAAGCAAAGUUGGCUUUAGGCCUGAAUCUCUGUGCUUAUUUACCUAGAACUUUAGAUGAUGAUGAUUAUCGUUCACUUCCUUCUGGUGAAAGAUUAUCUGAUGCUGCUUUGUUACCUCCUUCAAACUGGGAAAAUAUGUCUGCUUCUAGGCCAAUGACUCCUUUGCCUUCUUCUCAUGGUUUAAGGUUGCCUAAAAGUUUGUCUAGAAGCUUGUCUAGAAGUGCAAGCAAAUCAUCCAAGCAAACAUGUUCAAUAUGUUUGACCAAGAUGAAACAAGGAGAUGGUCAUGCUAUUUUCACUGCAGAGUGCUCACAUUCUUUCCACUUCCAUUGCAUUGCUUCAAACGUAAAGCAUGGUAAUCAAAUUUGUCCAGUUUGUAGAGCAAAAUGGAAAGAAAUCCCCAUGCAGAGCCCUAGUUUGGAUCCUCCCCCUGUCAGGGCAGCAAUCAGCCCUGUAGGUUUGCCACAAAGUGAUGAUUUGAUGACUGUAGUCCGCCGGUUGCCUCCACCUCGUAGAGAUUUACGUCGGCGACAUGUUGUACCAUUAUUUCAGGCUCCUGAACCAGGUGUUUUCAAUGAUGAUGAAUUGUUGGAUCACCUACCUGUGAGUGAUGAGAGUAGGAUUUCCUCAGAUAACUCGUCUCUUAGAACAAUAGAGAUCAAAACAUACCCAGAGGUUUCAGCUGCACCAAGGUACAGUUCUUAUGAUAAUUUCACGAUUCUUGUUCAUCUUAAAGCUGCUGCCACCGUUGCAGUUCAAAAUCCCAGCAGAAAUCAUGCUAGCUUGCCACAAUUUUCUCAAAAUCCCCGUGCUCCUGUUGACCUAGUCACAGUGCUUGAUAUCAGUGGUAGCAUGGCUGGCACCAAGCUUGCACUACUAAAACGGGCAAUGGGGUUUGUAAUACAAAACCUUGGCUGCAAUGAUAGACUUUCAGUCAUUGCCUUCUCUUCAACAGCCCGCCGCCUCUUUCCCCUUCGUCGAAUGUCUGACGUAGGGCGGCAGCAGGCACUUCAAGCUGUUAACUCUCUGGUUGCAAAUGGUGGUACCAACAUAGCUGAAGGCCUGAGGAAAGGUGCUAAGGUAAUGGAAGACAGGAGGGAAAAGAAUCCAGUUGCCAGCAUAAUACUUUUGUCGGAUGGGCAGGAUACUUAUACUGUCAAUGGUGCUGCUGCAAACAAGUCUCAACCAAAUUACCAGUUGCUUGUCCCUCUGUCUAUGCACGGGGGUGACAACCCAGGAUUCCAGAUUCCAGUGCAUGCUUUUGGUUUUGGUGCAGAUCAUGAUGCAUCAUCAAUGCAUUCAAUUUCAGAGAUCUCUGGGGGCACAUUUUCUUUUAUUGAAACAGAAGCUGUAAUCCAGGAUGCAUUUGCACAAUGCAUUGGUGGCCUUUUAAGUGUUGUAGCUCAAGAGCUGCAAGUGGGUGUUGAGUGCAUGAAUCCAAGUCUCUGCCUUGGCCCACUUAAAGCAGGCAGUUAUCCAAGCCGUAUGACAGCUGAUGGAAAAACUGGAUUUAUUGAGGUUGGAGAUCUCUAUGCUGAUGAAGAGAGGGAUUUCUUGGUAUCAGUUAAAGUACCAUCAGAGUCCUCUGAACGUGAAACAUCGUUGCUAAAGGUGAAAUGUGUUUAUAGGGAUCCCUUGACUAAUGAAAUGACAACUUUGGAGAGUGAUGUUGUUAGGAUUCAAAGACCUGAAGUGGCUGGGCAGGAAGUAGUGUCAAUUGAAGUAGACAGGCAACGCAACAGGUUCCAAGCAGCAGAAGCAAUGGCAGAGGCAAGAACCACGGCUGAGCAGGGAGAUCUAGCAGGUGCUGUUUCAAUCCUUGAAAAUUGUAGAAGGCUGUUGUCUGAGACUGUUUCAGCCAAAUCUCAUGACCGACUUUGUGUUGCAUUGGAUGCUGAGCUCAAGGAAAUGCAAGAGAGGAUGGCAAGCAGACAUGUGUAUGAGGCAUCCGGGAGAGCAUAUAUCCUCUCAGGACUGAGCUCACACUCGUGGCAAAGAGCGACUGCAAGAGGUGACUCCACUGAUGGUUCAAGUCUGAUUCAGGCAUAUCAAACUCCAUCAAUGGUUGAGAUGCUUACUCGAUCUCAGGCAAUGUUACUGGGUAGUCCAUCAACUCAAAGGCUUGUCCAACCACCAUGGUCACUUGGAUCACAACCGAAGCCAAGGUAAUAUUUUGAAAGUAAUAUGGCAACUAUCAUCAAAUAGUUUUUCUGGAGCUUUUUCCCUAUAUUCUGCAAAAUUUUGUUUGGGGAGGUGAUAAAAUGGAGGGUCUUACAUGUGAAAAUGAAUAAGAAAUUGGGAAAAAGGCAGAAGAAAAUAUUUUGGGAGUAGAAAAGAGAAGCAAGAGUAGGUAGGGUUUACACCAUUUUGUAUUUUUGUUUGCGUUGUUGGGGGGUGUACAUAAAGAGAAAUGGCUUUUUCUCUCUGGGGUAUAUGUUUGUAAUUGUUGAAAUGAUUGUGGUGAGCUCUUCACCUAAUCUAUAAUUAUCUGCAGCAAU